AAAACCAUGAGACAACCCCCCCCCCCCAUUUCCAGGCCCGCGUGGAGAGGAUGGAGCAGUUCCAGAAGGAGAAAGAGGAGCUGGACAAGGGCUGCAGGGAAUGCAAGCGGAAACUCGCCGAGUGCCAGAGGAAACUGAAGGAGUUGGAAGUGGCGGAGCCCGGGGGGGGUCCGGGGGGCCGGGGGGAGCGGGAGAGGCUGCAGGCGGAGGCGCAGCAGCUGCGCCAUGAGGAGAGGAACUGGGAGAGCAAAAUGGAGGAGCUGCGCAAGAAGGAGAAGAACAUGCCCUGGAACGUCGACACGCUGAGCAAGGAUGGCUUCAGCAAGAGCGUCUUCAACGUGAAGGCAGAGGAGAAGGAGGAGACGGAGGAGCAGAAGGAGCAGAAGCACAAAACCUUCGUGGAGCGCCACGAGAAGCAGAUCAAGCACUUUGGCAUGCUGCGGCGCUGGGAUGACAGCCAGAAGUACCUCUCUGACAACCCGCACCUCGUUUGCGAGGAGACUGCUAAUUACCUGGUCAUCUGGUGCAUCGACCUGGAGGUGGAGGAGAAGCAGGCUCUGAUGGAGCAGGUCGCCCACCAGACCAUCGUCAUGCAGUUCAUCCUGGAGCUGGCCAAGAGUCUCAAGGUGGAUCCUCGCGCGUGCUUCCGCCAGUUCUUCACCAAGAUCAAGACCGCCGACCAGCAGUACAUGGAGGGCUUCAACGACGAGCUGGAGGCCUUCAAGGAGCGCGUGCGCGGUCGCGCCAAGGCGCGCAUCGAGAGGGCGAUGAAGGAGUACGAGGAGGAGGAGCCGGCAGAGAACGCCUGGGGCCCGGCGGCCUCGACCCCCGUCGACGUCUACGAGUCGCUCCCCACCCCGGAGCUGCAGAAAUGCUUCGAUGCCAAAGACGUGCAGAUGCUGCAGGACACCAUCAGCCGCAUGGACCCCACCGAGGCGAAGUACCACAUGCAGCGCUGCAUCGAUUCGGGGCUGUGGGUCCCCAACGCCAAAGCGGCAGCUGAGGGUGGGGGGCAGGGGGGGCACACGGGCCAGGCGGGGGGGGGCAGCCCUGAAGCACUCUAUGAAGAAAUCCAAAAGGAGAGCCAGGAGGAGGAGGGGGGGCAGGGGAAGGCCUGAACCCCCCCCUUCAAGUGGCCCUGUCCCCAUUCACCUCCCCCCCACUUCUCCCCCCGGGGGGGCGCAACGCGCUCUCUUCUCCCCCCCCUCGCUUUGCCCACUUUUGGAGACACACACACACAUGGGGGGGAGAGGGGGGGCGGGCGGCUCUGUUUGGGGGUGGGACCCCCCUGCACUUGUGGGGCUGGGGGUGGGGG